CUCGGGGCGCGCACAACCCCGCGCCGGUAGCGCUCGGCUCCUCAUCUCCCCUCAGCCGCCGCCAUGUCGGCCCCGGCCCCGCGCUGGGUGCCCACCCACGUCCAAGUGACGGUGCUCCGAGCCCGAGGGCUGCGAUCUAAGGCAGCCGAAGGGCAGGGCGGCAGCGAUGCUUACGCCGUGAUGGCGGUGGGCCGCGAUAAGUUCUCCACGUCGGUAGCGGAGCGUUGUCAGGGUGAGCCGCUGUGGAGAGAGGAGGCCACGUUCGAACUGCCGCCUCCGCCGCGGCCUGUCGUGCUGCGCCUCACCGUGAUGCACCGAGCGCUCGUAGGCCUCGAUAAGUUCCUGGGACGGGCCGAGGUCGAUCUGGCGGCGCUGAGGGAGGACGGAGGGCGGCGACACAGCAGGUCGCACAGAGAGCAGUGGAGUUGUAUAGAGGAGCUCUAUACUGACAGCACAUUGUUCAGGUGGUACAAACUACGCUCCAAACCAGGGAAAAAGGAAAAGGAGAGAGGAGAGAUCGAGGUGGACAUCCAGUUCAUGAGGAGCAACAUGACGGCCAGCAUGUUUGAUCUGUCCAUGAAGGACAAGACCCGCUCCCCAUUUGGCAAACUAAAGGACAAGCUGAAGGGGAAGCGGAGCAGUGGGCUCUCAGACACAGCCUCAGCCAUCGUACCCAGCACGACACACUCCCCAGCUGAUAGUGAAGAUGAAGCACCUGAGAAGGAAAAGAAGAAAUCCAAGUUCAAAACGCUGUUUUCCAAACCUGGCCUGCGGAAGAAUUCCCUCUCACAAUCCAUGUCGGUGCUGCCCACACCUCAGCCUGUGGAUGCCGGGGUCAGGCACAGGCCCAAGGAUUUCCAUCUGGAGUGGGACGAUGAGGACUUGGAGACCUCUCCAACCUCAGAACGAACCUUUGAAAUUCCUCUAGACGAGGAGUCCUCUCCUUCUGUAUUUAAACACAUUAAAGCAGCGACUUUAGACACCAGGCAGCUAAACCAACCAACCCCUGGCAACACCAAGAAAGAAGGGCUCUCUUUAUUUAGUGGCCUUAGGUCUAAAAACGAUCCAGUUUCCAAGUCCAGUUUGUGUAUCAAUGGCAGUCAUGUUUAUAUGGAAGAGAAGGACAGCACUCCAGCUUCUUCCCCCUCUCCUCGCAACUUCAGGAAGAAGCAGGUCUCUGCUUCAGAAGAAAACCUCUUUUCCAGAUCUACUAAAGGACCUGAGGAGAUGGGAAGAACAUCUCCAAGCAAUGCUAUGUCUGGGUCUGCAUCCUUGGAGACCUUUAAAGCUCUGUCUUUGCCAUCAUAUAAAUUGCUGAGCGGUGAGGAAUAUGUAGAAACCAGUGUUCCUGUGAGUGUUGAGGUUACCAAAGAGACCAAAAAAACGGACCAGAAAAAGUCUUCCUUGCUUUCCCUGGUCACGGGGAAGAAGGAAGCAGCUAAAAACAGUGAUGCUGAAAGUAUUCCGGACAGAACUCAGAAGGAAGAGGAGAACAAAGCUGCAGAAGAGAAAAGCGAACAGGAGACCAAACGUCUCGAACCUCCAACAGAUUUAAGCAGAGGAAAUCCUUCAGCAGACAGUCAGCCAGAAGCCUUCACAAGUAAGCAGCCACUCAACCCCUUUGAGGAAGAACGGAAGCCUGAAAAAGCAGCAGCACCAGCAAAGGCCAAAGCUGUCAAACCCAGACUGGGCCUGUCUUCAGAGGAGGAAACCAAAGCUACUCUUCCUACUCUUGCACCUGAUUCCCUUCCUGCUUAUCUGUCUUUGCACCACAUCAAUAGUGACAACAAUCCCUUUGUUUCUAAAAUGGAACAGAAAGUACCAGACUCUGAGGGCAUUACUUCUGCAUCUCUUCCUUCUUUCACUGCAGAGCAUUUAAGUGGCAAGAACCCCUUUAAUCCCAGCUGGGGCAGGGGAGCUCCAGCCCUGGGUACUGACCACGUUGCCAUCCCUUCAUCCCAUCACCUUGCAGCCUCUGCUCCCAAAGGGCAGAUCUCUCAUAGUGGCAAUAAUCCUUUUGCUUCUGAAUGGGGUCGGGAUCCUGAAGGCUCUGAUGCAUAUGCUUCCACGUCUCCUUUGCCUGCGCAUUCUCUCCAUUCUGGUGGUCAUUUUAAUGGCAAUAAUCCAUUUAUAUCCAAGACUGGAUGGGGUGUGGAUGUGCCAGGUCUCACAGCUGUCACUGCUUCUUCCCCUGUUGGCCUUCCUGGUGAUGGAGACAAUUCCUCAGCAGGACUUUCUGCUGAUCUGAGCUACUCUGCUGUCACUGCUUCAGGGAGCUCUUUGAGUGUGGCUUCAACUCGUAAUGUAAAUGCUGUAGCAAACCCUCCUGGCACUCCUGUCGACCCUGGUGUGGCUUCAAAGAAUCAGUGUGAUUCUGUACAGGCGCAGGUGGGCACUUCUUUAGAUAGAAGCAAGUUAGUGCUCUUUGCAGAGAACAGUGCUGAGCAGCCACCUUCCUCUGAGAGUGAGCUCAAAGAGAAGCAGGAGGUGUGGAGAGAAAAGAGGAGGGAGGAGCAUUCACCCACAUCGGAUCCCCAGGAUGCUCCUCCUGAUACAAAUGAGUCAUCUCCAGUAGGAUCUGUGAACCCAGUUCACAGUGCUCACACACAGCCUCAUCAGGAAGCUGCUGCAGGGAGAGCUGGCAGGGAGGGGGCUGUCACACCACAGCCUGCACCACGGCUGUCUUUAAUGCAGGGAUAUCCCCGAGUUUCUCAGGCUGAUGAGUUAAGUGUUGGGCCGUCAGGGGAGGGUGAGGGCUCUGCAUCCGGCCUUGCUUUACAGAAUGAGAAAUCCCCUGGUGCUUUUGGGUGCCUCCCUCAGAAUGGCUCAGUGACAGCUCUUGUCCCACCAGUAAAGCUUAGAGCUGACAGCAGUAGCAGACGUGUGAGAAAGGAAGGGGACGAGGAUUUGUUUGAUUCUCUUACAAAUCUGAAGUCUGCCCUUUCAGUUACUGGAGAUCACAACAUGAGGCUGGCUGCCCUUCCUGCUAUUCCUGAGGCAGGCUCUGAUGAUGAGCUGCAGGGUGACUGCCAGGAAAACCACGGCGUUGCUGCAGAUGAUCAGAACAUUUCAGAGUCUGUAGGUAGAAAACCUUUGCAUGAGAACCAGCAGGAGAGCUCUGAUAGCUCUGCUGCAGGCGGAGUAACUCUGUCUGCAGGAGGAGGAAGUGCUGUGCCCGUGCUGCCUGCAGGAGGGCACGGCCAUGAAGUCAGUAAGCAGGCACCUGACUCAGGUAUGACGUCUCAUUCCAGUGAGCACAGUAGUUGUUUUGAGAAGCAAGUAAUAGAUACUGGUGUUGGGGAGCGUGCAGAGAGUGACUUCUUUGAGCCUUCUGUUUCCUCUUCCUCCCUGUCGUGUUCUUCCCAGCCCUGCUCCUCCUCUCGCUCCCUCUCCUCUGACACCCCAAGUCAGAGAGCAGAGUCUCCGAAAAAGCCAACAGCAGAGGGCUUCGCUGAUAAAGCAGGAAAUUCUGGCAAGAAGAAGCUUCUUCAGGCAUGGGUUUCACCCUCUGAAACGUACCCUAACCAAACUCAGCAGAGUGGUGAAACCAUGUCUCCUAAGCACAGACUUCAUCCUGUGAAGCCAAUGAAUACCACAGCAAAUAAAUCCCAAAGCAAAGACCUGAAUGUCAUCAGCACUAUGAAUGAGAAGCUGCUUGAGAUGAACAUAAAGAAAUACAGUCCUUCAGAUCCUGCCUACGCUUAUGCUCAGCUCACACACGAUGAGCUGAUCCAGCUGGUCCUGAAACAGAAGGAUACGAUCACCAAGAAGGAUCUCCAGGUGCGUGAGCUUGAAGACUACAUCGAUAACUUGCUUGUCAGAGUCAUGGAAGAAACCCCAAACAUUCUUCGUGUUUCAACUUCUGGAAACAGAAAAGCUGGAAAGAUGUAGGAGCUCUCUGGACAUCGAACAAAGGACUGAAUUCCUGCCAGUAGAGUUUGAUUAAUAAGGAGACAAUGUGAAGUAGGUGGUACUGCUGUGCUGCCUGCAGACAAUGAGCUCUUUUCUCUUUCUGGCUUGAGCAGCCAUCAGUUGGAGUAGUGCUUAUAUCAGCUCUUGGGUAUGGAGCCCAGAAGUAGAGUCAUUUACCAUAUUUAUUUUUUUGGUCUUUUUCCAUUAUUUGGGAAGAUUUGUUCAGGCAUUGAAUCCAAAGUCUGAUUGCGAUAGGAAGGAUGAAGGGUUUGUUGUUGUUUUGUGUGUUUUCCUUGCCAGCAAAGCACUGCUGGUCCUUUGUUGAAGGUUUUUCAUCGUUGCUUUUUAGCAGCUUUGAUAGAUCAGUUACUCAUCUGUCUGCAUCCCAAGUUGUAGUGCAAUAUAAAAUCACUUACAGUAGAGCUUGAGGAUUUGAUUGCUUUUGCUUUUAUCUUUUGACAACUACACUGGAGGAGUCCAAAGCUGAAUGGUUCAGCACAGAGCUGUGUGGGCUGUAUUUUAAAAGCAAUUAAUGUCCUGAAGCAGAAUGCAAGUUAAACCUCAGACUGGAAAGGAAGAAGCAAAGUGAAAUUAGUGAUACAACAUAAGCAAAGCAGUUCUCCAAGGGGAAGGUUUACAUACAGGGUUUUAAUCACAGAUAUCAUGGGAUGUUUGUCUACCAUAGGAAUAAGGAGUAGCAAUGGAUUUGGGCUGAUGGUACAUUGUUUGGAAGCUGUUCUCCUCUGGACUUAAAUUCCUGAUUCAAAGGUUGUUUGAACAGGGAAGACAAAGGUACAAACAUCUGGAUUCUGCCCAGCACUCCUGAAUUGGAUUUCACUGUAUGCAUUCAUGGCCUGGGGCUCCUGUAUGAAAGUUCUGUGACAAUUUUAGUGUCAUUCCAUUGCAGUUUAUUCCAUGUAAGUGCCUUGAAUUUUGGAGCAGCCUUCAAGGGCGAUCAGGCUUAAAACUCGUCUCUUUUUCUUAUGUUCAGUGUAGAAAAGGAACCAAAUUCUGCUCUCCCCCUGAGAUGGGAGCAGUGAAGAGCACUCAGAUCCAGCUGUGUUCUUUAUGACUUGAGCUCAGAAAGGAAUGAAGGUUUCACGUUGCUGGCUUUGCAAGACAAUCAGACAUUCCUUAAUCUGUGGCUUCUUUGCAGCUCAGUAGAGACAGAUACUUUUCACCAUCACCUCAGAUAGAGAAUAGCAGCACAGGGCUCUGAAGCAGCCACUACAACAGGCUUUCUCCACUGUAAGUUAAACAUGCCUCUAUUUUUUGUGGUAAUCAAAGGUCAGCAGGCCGGAUUUCUUUGCAGCUCUGAAGUUUACCAGUCUGUGAAUGCUUUGGAAGGAAGCUGAAAUACCAAAUGAGUGUGUAGCAGAGGAACACAGUGAGUGCUCCUGCCUUCCGUGGUUGAGGUAAUCUAUUAAUUAGGUCACUCCUGAUGUAGCCUGAAAGGAGUUUCUAACACAGUUUUCCUACAGUGAAGCACUUUAUUGAGGGAUUAAUUAUUAACCUCUUAGUAGUCUUAAUAGUCUUACUAUUGUCAUAAAACACUGAAAAUUACUGGAGACUUCUCAAAUGAAUACUGUAUUUUUGUAGUGAAAAGUAGUUAAUAUAUUAUCCUAGAGAUGUACACGUUGAUUGGAAACUCAAAGCUGUUAAUCAUGUUUCCUUACUGUAAUUGGGCUGACUGCUGAAGUCUACCCUGGCAAUCAAAGCUCUCCUGCGUGAGAAGCUCAAGUUGAAGCAAAACCUUUUGCUUUAAGUGUCUUUAAGAGUCUCUGAAGACUCCAGGUUGGUACUUGGGGCUCUGAGAUGCACAAGUUCUGAGCAGCACCUUUGGGUGGCACUGCUUUGUGUUGCUUGGAAUGGAUGCUGCUCCCAGUGCCUUGAAAUAGCAGCGGGAUGGAGGAGUGCUUUGUUUCCUCCCCGCAGAUCUCUGGAAAGAAAUAGUUCUUUAUACCUCAUAGAUAAACUUGUCUUCUAGGCUUUAUUCCAUUACUUUAUCCUGGUUUAGAGAGUCAGAAAACCAGCAGUGCCUUUUGAACAUCAUAACCAUUCGGAAUGACAGAUGCUGUUGUUGGUAGUUAUCACUGGACAUGGGCUGAGAAAGGCCUGAUGUGCUUCUAUGGAUCUCAUUUUAGCAGUGAGGGCAAUGCUGUGUGUAUGAUGCUGUGCACAGCGCUCUUUGCACUCUGGAUCUCUUCAAGUUUUAACAUUGCAUUCCUUUUGCAUCUCAACGUUCUGCACAGGAACAGAAUGGCAUUGUAUGCUAAUAACUCACCUUAAAGACAGAGCCUUAAACCUUGUACUGUCCUUUGCCAUUUACCACUAUCACUGAGGCAAUACGACCUCAGCACUGUGUGUUAUUAUCCCCUGUGGUGACAGGUGCUGCAGGCAGCGCUCCUGGAUGAGCCACAUUUCCAUUCCACAGCUGUGAAAUCAUGGCACAACCCUCACACCACCAUCUACGGUCUAUUUAAAGCCUUUCUUUGGUGUCAGGGGUGCUCACCUUGAUUUUAAGGGCCUUAAGAAUUGCUUGAUAUUCCUGAAUGACCUCAAUGUAUGUUGAUACGGUCUUUUAUCGCGGGUACUGUUUGUUUUUAAACACCCUUUGGGUUUUAUGGAACACUACAAUAAAAUUACCUUAAUUCCAA